CACAGUAAAUAAUUUAUUUACGUAACAAUUAAAUUUUUUUUUUAUUUCUUGCAGAUAGUGUAAUCGUCGAAAGCAGCUUAAUUAAAAUGGCAAAACUAGCGAUGGCACAAUUUCAGGAGUUUGAGAAAUCAGUGCGUUGGUUCCGCGGCAUAUCCAUGCAACAGACCGCUGCAUGCGACAAUUUGUUGCACGCGCUGCGCGACGAUUUCGAGCAGGGCACAACGUAUCGAGUUCAAGAGUGUAUGCUGAUACUGGGCAUCACACCUAUUAUUAACUCCAAGCAAAUUAAGACCAUAAUGCAUAUGAGUCGCGCCAAUGAUUUGUGUUUUCUUUGGUUUGUCUGGCAGGCGCACUACAAGACGACGGAGGACUGUGAAAGCCAAAACUACUCGCUCAACGAGCAGCUGUUGCUGUCGGCCAUAGCACAUCUAGAUAUGCAUUCUACCAUGCGGGAGCUGGAUCGCAUAUUGCCGCCACCAGCAAAGUCGAAAAAGUUUCAGGAGCAGCAGCGUCUGCGCGAACAGCGUCAAGCUGAGGAGCAACUGCAAAGGAAACGAACUUGCGCGCUGCGCAGUGUUGCGGAAUACGCAUCGCCAUAUUUUGCGCCACAAAACCGACCCAAGAUGUUUGUACCCAGUGUGGCCUGCUCCAAGCCCAAGGAUCGUGAGAUUCAGUUUCCCUUGUAUGAUAAAUACAAAGACGACGCCAAUGUAUACGAUACCGAAACGAGAGCUCGCGCUGGUUUUCCACACGAGUUCUCGCCCAUUAAGCGUGAGAUCAAGCGUUGCCUUUCCCAAGCGCUGGUGCAACUCUUUGAGCAACAAGCUGGUGGCAGCGUCUCAAAGAUCUGCGAUACGCAUCGUCUAGUGGAGCAGGCGGCCAACUUGAAGCAAUCCGAGCUGAUGAGCCGCAUGUAUCAACGCUACCUGACCUUGAUCGAUGUGGAGGGUGUGCAGAAAUCGAGACGACGCGAGCGCAUAUUGCGUCAACUGGAGCGUGAGGUGGAUCAGGCAGCUCAGCGGCUGCAGCAAUAUACAGCCAAUCAGCUGGCAUGGGUGCAACAAUAUGCCAGCGAAAACAAAGGCAACAGCUUGUGCCAGAUAUGCGAUAAGCUUUGCUCAAUGCCCAAGGUUGUGCCUGACGCCGGGCAGGCGCUAUUGAUGGAUCCAAACUGUGAUAAGCUAGCCCAGCCGCUGCUUGAUGAACGCGAGUCGGAUAAUGAGCCAGUUAAGGUGCUUGAAAUUGCCAGCGAGCUGCGUUGCAAGUUUGUUACAACUGUGGACGCGCAUGUUAAGUGGGGAGCACCUAAGGUCUGCCGCGUUAAGGCCACAGCCAAAGCCAAACGAGCUACGCUAAAGUCAAAGCCUGUCGAGAUCAGAGUGCUGGACAAAGACGAACAAAUCUUACGUGUGCUGCCAAGCGACUAUGUACCGCCAUGUCCCGCUGCAUCAUCUGAUGACGAAACUUUUGCUACAGGCAACGCCUACCAAGGCGCAUUUAUCUUGGAUUACUAUAAAGUGCUGGAGCCACCAGCUUGUCUGCUAACCGCUGAGCGUAGCAUGCAGCAUUCGCUCAUACGGAGCUUCUGCAUUGCGGCUAUAAAGCAAGAGCCCGACGCCAAGUUGGUGCCGCCUGUGCUGGGUGAGCGCUGUGAGGCUGUAGAUGAGGCUGUUAAACAAUGCGCCGUAUCCAUGUUUCGCACUGGGGCUGACCAAGUGCCCAGCAUUGAGUUGAGUGAAGAUGAUGAUCAGUGUAAGCUUAGGAAAAAGGAGGAGAAUGAACAGCUGCUACAGCUGGAGAGCAUUGAUCCAGAGGAUACUGAACAGCUGCUCAAGCUGCUUAAGGUGGGCAUUGAAACGCUUCGAGGGAAUCCGCAUUAUGUGCUUGCUACGCUGCCCAAUGCGCAUAUGCUGCCCAUCCUGUUGGACUGGAUAGCUCAGCGUUAUGGCAAGACCUACAAUAGCCAGGAGAUGUAUGAAUUUGUCAACUCCUGUGAGCAGCUACAGCGUGAGAUAACCACGCAUCAACUGGGCUUGAAACCAUUGCCCGUGCCGCGCAUGGAAGCACCAGCUGAUCUGCCAGCUAAUGCAUCAAGCUAUCUUAGAAUGCUCGCUCUGAAGCGCCAGGGCAAUAAAAUGCGUGCUGACUACCAUCGAGCGCUCAAUGAACAGGCUCUAGAGGAAUCCCGUCUCAUUUGGCUAGCGCUGCGUGGCUAUUCCAAUUUAGCUGCCAGCCUUAGGGACACCUUCUUUGCUUAUAUGCCCGCCACCCUGAUGGAUAUCAAGCGACAUAACUUCUGGCGUUCCACAGAUUUCAGAAAUAUGGCUAUUAUGCGUAGUUUAUUGAAAAAAAAUCCAAACAACUAAGAGAUUCGGUGCAGUACAGUGAAGCUUGUGCUUGCAGUACCGAGGACGUUUAUGUAAUUCUAAGCUUUGGUUAUUUUCAUGUGUUCGGUCCUGCAAACACAGGACACAUUGUUAUGUACAAUGAUAUCUUUUCAAUAUGUACAUAAUGCAAAAAUUGUGUAAUAAAUUACUUAAACAUUUUACGGCAUAACAACAAUAGAAUAACAAUGC